AUGACUGUUGAAGAUGCUAAACAUUCGGACUCACUAAUCCAAGGUCAGUAUUAUGUUAAGACUCGACUCCUAACUAUACUGUAUGAUUCGAGUGCAUCACAUUCUUUCAUUUCUAUAACUGUUGCACGUUGGACUUUCAUAUAUGACAUAAUCUGUCUACCCUUAUGUGGAUUAGAUGUUAUCUUAGGAUUGGACUGUUCUGUGAGAUUUACCCAUAGAGGGAGUGAAUGUGAGAGUUACGUUCUGUUAGUGGCUAGCUCAAACGAUAAUGAACAAAGCUUAGAACGAAUCAGAGUAGUGAAGGAGUUUCCUGACAUUUUCCUGGAAGACAUUCUUGAGCUUCCUCCUCAGGAAGAGAUAGAAUUCAGUAUUGAUUUAGAACAGGAGCCUGACUAG